AUGUCAUGUUUGUUUGUGAAGCCGACUUGUAAUAUUUUAUAUAGUUGUGAAUUGUAAUAACAGUAAAUAUAUAUUAUCUCUAUUGAAACGACAAAUUUACAAAUGGCCACAUAUGAUAACAAAAUUUGGCUCCUUAAAAAUAUACGAGAUGCCUUCAUAGCCACAGACGAUACGGGUUUAUGCGAAAUAGUAAUGGCUGGUGAAGAUUUCUCUAAGAUAUUCCAAAACAAGGCUUUAGAAGACAGAAAAAGAUUAAAAGAAGGCAAAUAUAAUCAAAUAAAUGUUAAUAGAGAAGGUAUGGGAGAUAUAUCAGAAGAUGAUGAUGAUAGGGAAAUUGUAACCCAGUAUGACCCAUACCCUGACAUGGAGGACAGUGAGGAUGAUGACCCGAUGUGUGGCAGCUACAUUCGUGAUGACUUUGGUGGGCACAGACAAAGAUCUAACACAGCCCAAAGGCUGGACAAGAAGGAACAAGCUUUAAAAAAGGCAGCUAAAAUUAAAGUUAUAAAAUGGGAAAAUCCAGCACCACUCACAUCUGAACAAAUAGCAGAUAUAUUUGCUAAAGUUGAAGUAGAAAAGGUAGAAAAACAAAAAUCUUUAUUGGCGGAACAGCUUGAAAACUGUCCAGACUUACCUCAUCGACAAUAUCUGGAGUAUGCAAAGUUUGAUGGCACUGCACAACUAGGACUGCCGACAAAGUUAUUCAAGAUAUUCAUGACAAUACUGCCUGAAAAGCAUCCAAGUUACCCGCUAGUUGUCUGUGUCAUUGCUAAUGCAAAGAUUAAAGAUCUUAUUGGUUUCACAUGCUAUAAAUACAGCAUUGAACAUCCUGAAGUAACAUUGGGAUCUGUGCAAAAUUAUGGACUUUGCAUAGCAGAGGAAGAUGGGGAAGUUGAUAUUGGUUUUCCUUGUCUUGAUGCCAAUGAACCCUGCUCUAAAUUUGGUUUCACGUGUCUUGGUCUUGUAGAUUUACAUAACAAAAAUGUACUCGCUCAUGGGCCUAUACAUUCAAUACCAGAUGAUGGAACAUUGUAUAAAGGAUUGGAUAUAUUUCCAAAAGCUUCGGACUCUGGUCAUAGUCAUCACACACAGUCCAGACUCAAUACAGGAGAUAGUACAACAUCAGAAACAGUGAAAAGUGCUAUAAAAGCAGUGUCAAAUGAAAAACGAGCGGGUGAAUCCGAUCUAGAUAAACUACAUUCGCACAUGACAGAGCCACCUCAGUACAAAAUGUACAGAGUUAACUUGUUACGCAAAGUGCGUACAAAUAUACCUGUACAGCUUGUCAUAUCAAUUGAUAAAAUUGAAGUGGAACCUCUUAUUCCCCACAAGCAUGCAUUUUGGUCAAAAUCUAAAUACUUCCUGCACAGUAUAGACUCAAUAGCUUGGUGCCAGAUAUUGGAAGCGAAGGCCACUAAAACUACAUUCAGGGUUGUGUACUCACCUAUUCACAAUACAAAUUAUCAUGAUCAUAACAAUUCAGGUGUCAGCUAUAUCCAUUCCAGCACAACAUACAAAUAUCACGAUUUCGAGUGUGAACAUGAUACAGCCAAAGAGAUUGUUGACAAAAUAAAUAUAAUUCUAGACCGUAGAAAUAGCCCAUGUCGUAGAGACUACAAAAUAGCAAAAGAGAAGAAGCUGCAAACACGAAGGAGUUUUCACACCAAACACAUAAGUUGAGUACCAAUAUAAAUAGUGUUGUACACUGACCAAAGUUCCUGUAACACAAUCAAAGACUGUACUAGGGUACAAAUAGAGUAGAAUAUUAAAUGCUCAAUUAUACACAAACUCUGUAGAUAUUUUGUGUAAGCCUUUUUGAAUCGCCAGAUCUGCCAUUCCUUCAGAAUGGAGAUUUAGAAAACUAUAUUAAUCUAAAUAGAAAACUCAAUAGGUAUGCCUUUAUACCUAUAGGUGAGGUUUACAAUUGUUAUGAUUAGUUUUAAGACUGACUCAUGGUAAAUGUUGUUGAUUUGUCUGUUUGUACCCUGGUUUCAGUAGCUGAAACUAUAAUCACAAUACAAGUAAUCACUGCCUAAUUUCAAUAAAUAUCUGUCUAAAAGUGAAUCUGUCCAUAUAUACAUUCUUCAUAAACAUAUACUGUAUGAAAACUGUUAAAUUUUAUCACCUUUGGAAUAUAAGAGUAGAUUACAAUAUAGGAGAAUAUUUCAGGGCAAAUUUAUAUUCCCUGUACGACAAAUAUUGAAUUGUUUAUUCUGAAUUUGAAACUGAAACAUAAACAACACUUUUAUAUACAAAUAUUGUAAUAUUUAAUUAUUUGUACAUUUUUAUUACCUUGUUGUAUUCUCGACUUAAUGGAGAUAUUGUAUAAUUGUGUAAAUGAAUAAUGUGUAUGUCUAAGAUGAAAUAUAUUUAAUUCGUAAUACCUAUGUGAAUUGAAUUUUAUUAUUAUGGUUUUAUAGGGAUGGGAAUAUGUAUUGUCAUGGAAUCUAUAAACAACAGAAUAGCCAAAUAAAAAUGCUCUGAAUUGUUUAUUGCAAUAAACAAUUUGUUAUCGUUGUAUAAAUCUUUUAGCAAAAACUGUGAUGUAUUCUCAACCUUAUACCUUAUCUUGUAUAUAAAUAUAUAUAAUGUGAAUUUUGUGCUUGUCUAAUAUAAUUUAUUUUAACUGUAAUAAAUUAUUUCAAUUGAAUUCUGAAUAAUACUACUUGUCUACUCCAUAUUUACGUUUGCAAUAUCAUUUUUGUAUAAUAUUAAGAAGAAAUUUUAUACCAAGCAAAAUGUAUGUAUAUUUCAAUCAAAGCUUUAACAAGUAUGAUAUUGAUGAGAACACCAAUUGUGACAUUUCCAUAUAUAAAAAAUAAGUUUUAUAUACAAUUCAAAACAAUUAAAAUCGAUAAUAUAAAAUGUUUUUUGAUGUAAACACGGAGACAAAAAAUCUAUUUACUGCAUCAUUCAAUGAAAGUGAAGUCAUUGUUUCCACAUUUCUUUUACUUUGUAUUAUUAUUGUUAUAACAUUUUCUAUUCCAGGAAACAUAAAAUCUUUACAAUUGUAAUAUUCAUUAUAAACAGACACAACCAUAUUAAACGUAAAGCAUUGGCAGUAUAUAUUGAAAAAGGCUGAACAUUGUUUAAGAUGCAAAUUUGUGUGUGUGUGUAUUUAUUUGGUUGAGCAUGGGUUUACACCUUCACUUUUGUUGUCUUAUAAUUUUUUGCAACUCUGAUACCAGUAAGAAUUAAUUGUACUCAUGUAAGACAGACUGAUGUGUAUUAUCAGAUUGCCCCAGCAGUUUAUAACCAUCCUACAUGAAAUGAUUUUUUUUAACAUUUAGAUUUACUACUUAAUAAUAAAUAAUAAUUGUCUAUAAAUUAUAACCACAAUGAAUUUUAAAUGUUACUUAAUGAA